AUGGUGCGUACCUUGCUGGUCACCGUGCGGAUUCGGCGCUCGAGUGGCCCCCCGCGAGUGAGAGCGUUCGUGGUGCAGAUCCCGCGGCGGAGCGGCGAGCGCGCAGAGCCGGAUCUGCGGGCCGCCGUGGCCCUCGUGCUGACGCUGCUGAGGAGCCAGCGCCGAGCGCGGCAGCCGCAUCCUGGAAGAGCAGGAAUAACGUGUGAAGUUAUUUUAAAAUGCACUGACUGUAUGAAAAGCCCAGUUUUCAGCAAAUACCUGAAGACAGAACACAUGACUUCGAUAGACUAGAGUGGCUUGAAAAUAUAUGGAACUCUCCAACUUCGUAUGUGAAAUUAUACAUAUAGAUGAACAUCUGAAAGUAUUAAUUCUAAAUGAUAAGUGAUUAUAUAUUGGGUAAUUAUGUUGGGAUUUAUGCAGUCUUUGAGAGCCACAUUGCUAAAGAAUAACUUGUAUUAAUUAUUUAAUAGUAAUGCAAAUAUGUAAGAUGUU